CUCCCGUCCAAACACAAAAGUUUUGCACAGAAACUGAACAGCUAAGUACAAUCCAUAUUUCACGGCUAACAGGGCAUAUAUUUAGACUUCCUGAAAGCUAUCAUGUUCUACACAUGACAUAUCGUAUGAGCUUCCUUCUGAAGGUAUCAUAUACAACUCAUUCUUUGGAGAACGAAGUCGAAAAACGCGCGGUCGAAGAACUUGAACUUAUCCAUGGCCAAGGAGUCUUUCAUCACUUGAAUGUUUUCGUCCCAAAAUUAUGGAUCUAGCUCCUAAAGUAGAAUUUUUAAAAUUUCAUCAAGGAUAUGUCCGUGGAGUGGCAUUUUCGCCUGUGGAUCGAUACUUGUUUUGCUCUGGUGCGUAUGAUGGGAAGGUCAACAUCUACAGCGCCAAGAAGUGUCAUCUUUUGGGGAGUUAUCCGAUAACAACUCUGAGUUUAGCGAGGAAUAUAAAGGCUGUUAGAUUUACAAGUGAUGGACAAAAGAUUUUGGCAUCAACAAAUGCCAGACGAUUGAUAGUUAUGGAUGUUGAGACAGGAGAACAAGUAGUAUCAUAUGAUAAUUGUGUUUACAAUGGUCCAGAUCGGACUGGGUUGGCAGUGGAUUCCCAGACAGGUCCUAACAUUGCAACUUGCUGCUGUGUUAAUGGGCGAGGUCUUUCCAUGUUUGACCUCAGAAUGCCCCUUCCAAUGGAUUUUAUCUAUGAUUUGCAUAGCAACGUUAUUCGUGAUGUAAUGUUUCUUCAUGAAAGUUGGCCAUGGUGCAAGGGACAGAAUGCAUUGCUAUCAGUUGCAAUUGAUGGCACAGCAAAGGUAUCUACCAUUGAUGGACGUACUUUGCAAAGCACAGAGAUAGGGUCCAUGCUAAACACUGCUGCUCCAACUCCUGAGCCUUUUGGUUCUAUGGCAGAUGAUGGGUUCUAUAGUCUUAUUAUGUUUGGUGGUGAGUUUCUGACAAGUUUUGUCCCUGAAGUUGGAGUCCAAGAGCAGAUGCGAGAGCAUGGAAAAGAUCCAUUGUGGAAAAUUAAGUACACUUCUAAUGGAAGCACACUUUUUACUGCUUGUGACAGAGGUGUCAUUCGAAAAUACAGGAGAUAUCCUGAUCAUCACGAGUUUGUAGAGGACUUGUUUUGCCAUUCAGAUGACGUGGAAGACAUUGAUAUUUCUCCUUAUGAUGAAUGUAUCCUUGGUAGCUGUUAGCAAUUUUCGUGAAUGCUU